GUAGAGGCAAACCAGCCAAUUGUUCCCCCGCUUGAGCUUUUGCCAAGCUGUCUCUGCCAUUCAUUCCGCUUCUAUACUCUUUUAUCAUGUUUUUAUUCUCUCCAAGAGCUUGUACUACAUCCAAUUCUAACAUGACCUGCCACAUGUAACUGAUUUCUGAUAUCAUCUCUUCGCGCUUUUCUCAGUUGUGCCUGGACUUUCGGACUGACUGUGGAGAGAAUGCACAACAGGCUGCUGUGCGAGGGAUGACUUGGAGCUUGAGCCCAGCGCGUGACGAACGAGACCUACAGAUUUGUGGCCGACGCCCGCUUCCACCUCUCGGGUGACAAGAUCAUUGCGACCAAGCGCUACUUCUCCAAACGUAGUCUUGGAGCCGGCGAGGGUUGGACCUACAACUUGCCCGGCGCCCAAACACAGAACAAGGUCAUCCCUGUCGGCGCCGGCACCCUGCCGCCCGGAUGGAGCAAGGAGGACUAGCACGAGGGCCAGCAGAUCGGCGCGGAGCAGCUGGGUGGGCGAGGACACGCUGAUUUACUCGAAGAACGUCAUUGACAAUGGGGUCUUUACGUACAGCAAAGCGGCAUAUACACCAUCUUCUCAAAGAACGUCACGCCCGGCAAAAUCGAGAUGCUCAUUGGCGCGUUCCCCCAGCGGCACUCUGUUCAGUCUAUCGGCUCUCUGGAUAAACAACUCGUGGCCACCUCUUCCUCCACGUUUUCAGUAUCACGCACCCGUGUUUACCUUGCACUUGGCUCAUGGAGCUCUACCCACAAGCUUUCACUGGUAUUGCACACUCCAGGCGGCACUGCCUCGAGCCGCGUUCCUGCAACACGCCUCUGUUCAGCAGGAACGUAGUCGGAGCUGGUUUAGCAAGCUACCAAUGAAAACACAAAGAAGGCUGCAACGAAGCGGCCAAAAAUCACCGCAAAGCCUGCUACCGGCCUUCGCGCCGGAUGGCAGACUCUUGCGGGCAAGUCGACCUCCAAAAAGGCCCACACUGGUUCAAGUUCACGUCACAUUCCAUCAACUCUGUCCAACGCUGACCACGACGCUGAUGAGAUCACCAUUCCUUCCAGAGAGGUUUCGACUACGGAACCCUCGUCCAUGCAUUCCACCCCUCCCCCUGUCACUGGUGCAUUCGACGAUGAUGAGGGAGCUGCUGCUCUAGCCGCAGCGCGUGCACAGAAGUCCCUCAAACAGAAGCGUUCUCAGCCACGGUCGGUUGAAGCCGCUGUCACUGCUGUCCCCAUUGCAGCUGCCACAACGUCAAAGAUGGGUGUGACCUCCACUGGCAAGCGUACCACCGCGCAGAUGGGGCUCGUCAUCUCGCACAAGGACGUCGACACUGCUGUAGAGGAGCAUCAAGGAGCAUCAAAAAAGAAACCCAAAGCCGAUAUUCGCAAGGAGGACCUACCUUUCUUUCGCGAGCCCGGCUUCAACGAUCGGUGGGAUGCCAUCAAGGCCGAGCUUGUGGGCUGGGCUGGCACACUUUCCGACCCCUUUUCCUCUAACUCGCACCCCGACAUCUGGAGUGUCUCGCAGCAUGCAUGGGAUCACGCGUUCAGAGAAACUGAGCAUGUUGGAUAUGCAGUCCAUCGAGACGAGGCCAUCAUGAAGUUUAUUCCGGCAACCCUCGAUAAUUGGCGAAGCGACAUCGGGAAGAAGGCCGUCAAGCUUAUUGAUGAUGAGAUGACCAAGCCAUCGCUCUCGUCGUCAUCUAGCACACGCAUUGCCUGGGUCGCAGAGCGUCGAAAAGCCCAGUCCCCAGGAGAAAAGCGUAAGCCGUUUCUUUAUGCUGAUCCGAGUACGUUCAAAGGCGUUUUUCGAGGGACUUUAAUUAUGAAAGUCUUCGCCCAUCACGUCCAACGGGUAGCCAAGCUCUACGCCAAUGACAGACUCACAGAUGCGCCGGCGGGUGGUCUGGCGCUCAGUGCAGCCGCGGUACAACGUGCUCUAUUCUUAUGGAAGGACGGUUACAACGCGAAAGGUGCAAGGACCGAGGAUGGGGGAAAAGUGAAAGGUAAACAUGGUUUCGAGGGCGAGUGGGCGGACCAGGCAUGCAAGUAUACCGCAAAAAUGGACGGUAUGUCAUCAGAAAAGUGGGAUCAGGUGUAUGCAGCAGUAGCCCCGUUUGUCAAGGGAUCUUCUGCGAGUUCUGGGGCUCACGCCGAGCAGUCUGACGACGACGAUAGCGAUGGCAUCGUCAUUUCCAGCGACGAGGGCAUUUAAUUACAUAAGCGAUGUACAAUAAU